AGUACCUGUGAAGGUCUAGCUCAAGGGAGCUCUUACAUUCCGCGUAAGACCCGUCCCUACCCGAUUCCCUCUUCUGCUGGCCCGCGCCCCGCGUCCUUCAUUAUUGCCCAGGCUUGCUCCAUAUCUACGCCCUUCCCUCGCUGCAUUCGCUGUGUUCGGGUGCUCUGGGAGGAAGAAGACGCUAACCUGCCCACGCAUGUGCAGUGGGCGAUCCGCGGUCAAAUUCUUUGUAAGCUCUUCUCCAGUCGGAUUCCUAGCCCGCGCGGAAGCCCCGGAAUAGCUGCUUAUUGGUCGGCGAUCCUUUGGCGCAUGCUCCGUGACGGAACGUUCCCCUCCCUCCCUUCCACGCUGACCCCAUAAUCACUCGCGCGCUUGAUGUCUACCUGCAUCGCUCGAGUGAUGAAGGCUGGUCUCCGGUACCUCAGAGUCCCCCAGCGCGUCAGCCCCUCCGACGGCCCCGUAACUGCUUUCAUUUGCCCCUCUCCAGGCCUCCCCCCCGACCCUGACGGAGCCUUGACUGAAAGCCCCGCUCAUUUUCUGACGUAAUUCAGUUCCGCAAACUUUCUCAAGCGCCUCCUCCGAGCCAGCACUCAAGAUGGAUUUUUUAGUUCUUUUCCUGGUUUACUUGGUCUGUGUUCUGACUAGUGUUUUACUACUCUGCGUAUAUUCCAAAAGGACCCAUACCUUUUCAGGAGAAAUCCUGACAGAUGGAUCACAGGUAUUUUCACGUCUUAUGCCAGGAUGGCUACAAAGAGCCAUACAAAGGGUAUUUCAUCACCUCUUCCAUACACGAAACUGCACAUUCAUCAUCCUGCACUUGGCCUUAGAAGGGGCUGUUUACGGUGAAUACACUUGGGAGAUAGUUCACUACUGUCUAGAGCUGGAGUUCUCACUGUAUCAUCUUCUCCUGCCAUAUCUUCUGUUAAUUAUAAACUUGGUUUUUUUCAUUUUGAGUUGUACAGCCAACCCUGGGAUAAUAACAAAAUCAAAUGAAGCAUCAUUUCUUCAAGUUUAUGAAUAUGAUGAGGUGAUCUUCCUGAAAAACAUGAAGUGCCCUACCUGCCACUUGAGGAAACCAGCCAGGUCAAAGCACUGUAGUGUAUGUAACAAAUGUGUUCAUCGUUUUGAUCAUCACUGUAUUUGGGUGAACAACUGCAUUGGUGCCUUAAAUGCAAGAUACUUUUUAAUCUACCUCUUGACAUUGACCUCGAUGGCUGUAGACAUUGCCAUAGUGACAACAGCAUUUCUAAUCCAUUUGGUGUUCUUAUCGGGUAUGACAUUGGGAACGUAUUUUGAUGACCAUGGACAGGAACAUCCUGUUGAUAUUGCCUUUCUUAUACAGUAUCUGUUCUUGACGUUUCCAAGAAUUGUCUUCAUGCUCGGAUUUGUUAUUGUACUUUGUCUCUUACUUGGGGGCUACGUAUGCUUCACUCUCUACCUGGCAGUCACCAACCAGACCUCCAAUGAGUGGUAUAAAUCAAGUAGAGCCAAGUGUCAUCGCUGCCAUAAUUCAGACCCUGUUCAAGAAAAACCCAGUGCCUACAGGAACAUUUAUGCCAAGGGUACUUGGACCAACUUACAGGAAAUUUUUAAGCCAGUUACAGAUUAUGAAAAAAGGAAAUAAGUGUGGAGAAAGUGUUACUGAAUUUCAAAAUACAAAUUUAUUUAUAAAAUUAAAAAUAUAAUCCCCCCCCAAUACUUACUUUCCUAAUUUCUAAAGUAUAUUUAUUUUAAAAGUUUUCAGAGGCUAUGAAAGUAUUCUAUCUGCUGAACAUGUACCUUGCAGCCUCACCUGUUUUCUGUGAAAUGGGGAUAAUAAUACACUUCCUACCUCACAGGGUUGUUGUGAGGAAUUCACUUUGUAAACCUUGAAGUACUACAGAAAUGUGAAAUAUUAUUGUCAUCUGUCCAUGUUGUUAAA